CUGUAGCCACUGGUCAUCGCGGUGCCUGCCUGCCUGUGCCUGGCAGCGCGGCCGCGGGUUAUAUAAAGCCGCCACCCGCCGGCCUCGUCCCGGCAGCCAACCCGAGGUCAAUCCAGCCACAGCCCACCCAGCUCGUACCCAGAUCUCCCGGACCCGUUCAGCGCCUGCUGUAGCGUCGGCGAUGGCCAGCACGGCGGCCGAGGCGGCGAAGGCGGCGGAGCAGCCGGCCAACGGCAACGGCGAGCAGAAGACGCGCCACUCCGAGGUCGGCCACAAGAGCCUGCUCAAGAGCGACGACCUCUACCAGUACAUCCUGGACACGAGCGUGUACCCGCGGGAGCCCGAGAGCAUGAAGGAGCUCCGCGAGAUCACCGCCAAGCACCCGUGGAACCUGAUGACGACGUCGGCGGACGAGGGGCAGUUCCUCAACAUGCUCAUCAAGCUCAUCGGCGCCAAGAAGACCAUGGAGAUCGGCGUCUACACCGGCUACUCCCUCCUCGCCACCGCCCUCGCGCUCCCCGAGGACGGCACGAUCUUGGCCAUGGACAUCAACCGCGAGAACUACGAGCUCGGCCUGCCCUGCAUCGAGAAGGCCGGCGUCGCCCACAAGAUCGACUUCCGCGAGGGCCCCGCGCUCCCCGUCCUCGACGACCUCAUCGCCGACGAGAAGAACCACGGCACCUUCGACUUCGCCUUCGUGGACGCCGACAAGGACAACUACCUCAACUACCACGAGCGGCUGCUCAAGCUCGUGAAGCUCGGCGGCCUCAUCGGCUACGACAACACGCUGUGGAACGGCUCCGUCGUGCUCCCCGACGACGCGCCCAUGCGCAAGUACAUCCGCUACUACCGCGACUUCGUGCUCGUGCUCAACAAGGCGCUCGCCGCCGACGAGCGCGUCGAGAUCUGCCAGCUCCCCGUCGGCGACGGCGUCACCCUCUGCCGCCGCGUCAAGUGAGCGUGGCCCGGCCCGGCUGCCAACCCCACCGUACCGACGACGGCCGCCGCCGCCGCCCAACUCCAAUCAUAGACGACGCGCAGCAUUAAUUAUUCACCAUCUUUUUUUUGGCUCUUUCUUGGCUUUGUAAUCUUGGAAAUUGUAACCAUUUUCGUGCGUAAAUGUCGAGACCAUAAUACUAUAAAUUCACAGUACCAUGAAGAUCCCUUGUUCA